AUGGGACUUCACGAGAUCACGGUGACCGACUCGGCGACGAAAAAAUGCAGUCCAAGUCCUUCCCAAGCUGUGACCCGGCUCAUUCGCAGAUUCCGCAAGCAAACAGGAGACCACUUUGAUGAUCGAGAACGAGAAUGUAAUGGGCCAACAUUUCUUCACAACCUCCUACCGAUCCUGGAGCCUUUCCUCUUGCUGAAUCCCAGAUUUAUGUAUAUCGAAGACCGCAUCCUUGGGCGACAACACGCACCUCGCGAAGGAGUCUCGCGCAAAAUACCAUCAAGCUUAGACGAGCUGAAGACGUGGGUGGAAGGAAAGCCCACACCAUGCGACUGCGACAAGUGUGCUCCAUGGCUAUAUGAAAUUGGCCAGAAUAGCGCACACGGCGCAAUACAGUGCGACAUCGAUGGCCGGCGUGCAAAGUCAAGUCGUUUCUCACAGCCGCAUCUUACAUCAUCCUACCCGCUACCAAAGCUCAAUCUGCGCCUCUAUGGAGACUAUGAAGCGAUGCGGCUCGUCCGGCAUCACGUCGCUUGGCUGGACAAAACAUAUGCACACAACACCGCAGACAAGGCCAGCCUCGAUGUAUUCAGACUCCGCAGCCUUGUACACUCCUGGAACCCCAACCUGACCGGACAGGACAUGCGCUCUAGCGCAUCUAGCACACAAAUGCUGCAACUCGUCAAAAUCCUGAAUAAGGUCUUCUUCUUCGGCGCUAUCCCUUCACAUCGUCAAAGCAUCUCAUCAGGCUUUGCAUGGCUCCCCGACACGGAAAAGACAUGCUUCGGCAUCGGGACUUUCAACCCCAUCAUCGGCACACAGGUCCUACUCCACCCAAAACUCUACCGACACCACGGCGACCUAGACGACCUCGACGUGCGCUGGCGAAACCGCCUCGGCACCAUACUGCACGAGCUAUGCCACGCAUUCCUGAAAGCAUAUACAUGCAGAUCGUGCCCGACGCACGAUUCAUGCAUCGGCCCGAGAGGCCACGGUCGCGCAUGGCAGAUCCUAGCCGCGAAGAUGGAAGAAGUGGCGACGAAACUGUUAGGCGUAUUCGUGGAUUUCGGCCGGUAUCCAUCGCUGCUACACGAUUUAGAAGGGAAUGGAAAGCUGCCGAGUUUGGCACGAGGUGGCUGGUCUGAGGAAGCGAACACCACGAUGGGAAAUUUGUCCGAGCUAGCUCAACCACCCUUCCAUCGCUAUGGCGAAGGCAGCGCAGCAAUAGGGUCUGCGUUGAUCUCGUCUCCGGCCCUCGCAACGGCGCCUUGA